UCCAAUAUGGACGACGUCGAACUAGUUUCUCUUCCUAUAAUAACUAGGUAGAUGAGAAAAACAGUUUCGCUUAAUUAUACUGGUGUAUUCAGGUAUUAAAUAAUGUUGGAAUUGACAUGGCCAUCCAAGGAAAUUAUGUUUGCGAAUCGAACCUCAGACUUAGAAAACAAACCACAAAGUAUUAAAUAACAAUAAGACAUGGUAUGAUUGUGACCAUUUGGAUUGUGCACAGCAUUUCCAGAAGUGCAAUACAAAAUAGAGGACUGCUAAAACAAGCACUGCAGUCAUUUGUGUGGAAGAUGGGAGCAUGCAUUUGUAAAGAUAAGACCAACACUAGAGACAACCAAAGAGGGAACAAUGCUGUGUCUUCAGAGACAAGUACGAGGGGACAGCACUCUGUACAGACAGAUUCAAGAAUGGGUAAUCACAGACCAACAUCCUCAGUAGGAUGGAGACCAAGGAAGACAGUCGAUGAACUAGUACUGGAAACUCUCUCAGUGAUUCGCUCUCUUGUAGAUAAUGAGAGGGAGCCACCACAGGCUAUGCUGUGUCUACAGGAGGUGUCUGAGUCACAGAAUGGAUGGUUAGAAAUGGUCAGCUCCCUCAUCCAUUCUAUACCUAUAGAGGAUCCUUUGGGACCAGCUGUCGUUACCCUGCUCUUAGAUGAGUGUCCUCUUCCAACGAAGGAAACAACAUUGGUUUUAUGUCAAAAAAUGAAUUUAACCAACGAAGAUCCAGGUGCCAAAAAUUCAGAUUCUUUUCGUAAGAUGCAUAGGAAUAUUGGAGUUGUCCUUGGUUGCUUAGCGGAAAAAUUAGCAGGACCAAAUAGUAUUGCCCUGUUGACACCUAGAGUUUUGGACUACUUAAUUGGCAAUCUAGACAUGUCACUACCUCCUGUAGUUAUUCUUCAUUCCUUGGUAGCACUGGAGAAGUUUGCACAGACAAGUGAAAACAAGGCCACAACUAACAGAGCACUACAGCGAAAAUCACCAAACGAAAUAGAGGAACUAGAAAAAUGGUGGCAGCAUGCAGACUACCAAAAACGUGAGGUCGGAUUCUGUGCCAAGUGGUGCCUUGAUAAUCUCUUCGUCACAGAGGGUCGCAAAUUUUCCCACGAGUCUGAGGACUUGAGUGCUGUUAAUGUAAUGUUGAAUAGUAACGAUGUCAGCGAAUACCUCAAGAUUUCACCAGACGGCACUGAGGCGAGGAGUGAUGCGUCCUCGUUCGAGAGUGUACGCUGUACGUUCCAGGUUGACUCAGGAAUCUGGUAUUAUGAGGUUACAGUAAUUACAGAUGGAGUGAUGCAGAUUGGCUGGGCGACAAAAGACAGCAGUUUUCUUAACCAUGAAGGCUAUGGUAUAGGAGAUGAUGAGUAUUCAAUGGCAUAUGAUGGAUGUCGACAACUGAUCUGGUACAAUGCUGAGAGCAAGACUCAUGGUCACAGUUGCUGGAAGCCAGGAAACACUGUUGGUCUGCUUUUGAACUUAGAAGAAAAGGAGCUGACUUUUUCUCUCAAUGGCAAAUGUCUGCCCCCACACAGGGACCUGUUUGAACAUGCCAAGGGAGGUUUUUUCGCUGCUGCAAGUUUCAUGUCCUACCAACAAUGUGAGUUUAACUUUGGUGCCAGUAAGCCUUACAAGUUCCCACCAAAAGAUGUCAAGUUCAAGAGUUUUAAUGACCAUGCUUAUCUGUCGGACGAGGAGAAAAUUAUCCUUCCCAGACAUAAAAAGUUAGAGUUAUUGAAGAGCUUGAAAGUUCAUGAAGAUUCCUGUACACUUUGUUUUGACAACAAAGCCACACAAAGUCUGCUGCCUUGUAAACACAUGGGUUUCUGCUACAAAUGUUCCAUACAAUUAGAAAUUUGUCCAAUAUGUCGGUGCAAGAUUGUGGAACGAGUCAAUUCAUGUGAUAACGAUGACAAAGACAUUGUGAAACUCAACCCUACUGCUUCUAAGAAGCGAAAACACAAAAAAAGCUGAUGUCUCUUUCAUCUUUCAUAACCUCUGCUACACAAAUCUGUUUAGCCUUACAUGACAUCUGCCAGAUAUGGACAAGCUGAAUAUUCAUGUAAAACCUUUUAAAUCAUUGUUAUAACUAUAAACCACAUUCACAUGUCGUGACAGUUAGUUUUAUAUCUAUAUUAUCAACCACUGUUCUGUUAUAGGUUUUUUCUGUUGAUGUCCGCAGUUAAUUAUUACAAUGAAUUAUGGGGAAAUUUUGUAUUGAGCAGUGUUUUAGCAUUGUGUUUGAUAUAUUGAACAAUGUUCAUGCAUUGUGUAUCAUAUUUAAUCAUGUUCAAGCAUUGAACAUGAGAGUGUACUUUCCUUGUUGAACAGUAUUAUAAUCAUAUGUAAGAUUUUUCUUUUGAAUGGACUGCAGUUUUACAAAUGCUUCUUCAUGCUAAGGAAAAUGUCUUAGAUUGGCCGGAUUUCACCACAAAUGUGGCUUAUGAAUAGUUGAACCUCAGUCCAUCUGAUUGGAAUAAAAAAAAAAGUUUUUAUUUUUUUUUAUUUAUUUAUUUUUUGUGUUGGUUACAGUUGAAUUAGCAUCCAUGACCAAAGAUAUGCACUCAAUAUUUCAUCACAUGUAGUAGGUCACUGUGACCUAGUUUCCAUAGCUAAAUGACUAAGACAAUUUUUCCAUUUACAUUUUUCUGGCAUUAGUGAUGUAAUUUAAGUAGUAUGCCAAUUUGCACAUGAAAGUAGAUUGCUCACAGUAAGCAUUUUUGUUUUGUUUUUUAUUUUAGUAACUGAGGAUUCUGUUAUGUAUAGUUUAUGUCGCAGACCCUCAGUCUAUCAUUGCUAAUUUUGUGUGAAUUAGUGGUUAACCUAGAAUUUUACACUUGGAAAUAAGUCAAUUCCAGCAUCUUUAUAAAGUUCACUUUUCUUUUGUCUCUCAAAAGUUAAACUACGAACUAUUUACUGUCAUGAGGCCAAUACUUUAUAAUACAGGAAAACAUUAUCAAACAAAUAUCUCCUGAUUACAAAGUCCCCAAAUCUACUGCAAUAUUUUAAACAUUUUUAACAAACUACUUCCUCUGGUCCCAUGGAAUUUGUUAUAAACAAGUUUAACUGUGUGUGGAAAAACGAAAUACAGGUGCAAUCAGACCUUACUGCCACUGGUGGUCUCUUUAAGGAGAUUUUCCUUAACUCUUGUCAAUGCUUUCAAAUGUAAACAAUGCAGGGUAAGCAAUUUUAUUGUAGCAACAUGUAACCACAUGAAGAGGCUUUAUAUGUUGUUUACACUAGUCAACAUAACUGUAUAAAUAUACAUCUGCUAGAAAGGCUCUCAGAGUAUAGAGUCUGAUUACCUCAUCAAGAUUAACACUGACAAAUGAGACAGACCAGCAGACAGACAUAACAGAUAGAGGACAGAAUUACAGACAAAGGAACAGACAGACAUAACAGAAUUACAGACAAAGGGACAGACAGACAUAACAGAGAGACGACAGAGUUACAGACAAAUGGACAGACAUAACAGAGAGGACAGAGUUACAGACAAAAGGACAGACAGACAUAACAGAGACGACAGAGUUACAGACAAAGGGACAGACAGACAACAGAGAGACGACAGAGUUAUAGACAAAGGGACAGACAGACAUAACAGAGAGGACAGAAUUACAGACAAACGGACAGACAUAACAGAGAGGACAGAGUUACAGACAAAAGGACAGACAGACAUAACAGAGAGACGACAGAGUUACAGACAAAAUGACAGACAGACAUAACAGAGACGACAGAGUUACAGACAAACG